AUUACAAUAAAUAACAACACGAUGGAAACGUUGCGGUUCCGUGGAAAUCACCAUCUACGGCUUUUGUUUUACGGACUGCUGAUAUUGCUCCGGUUGCACUGCGGCUGCCGAGCAGCGGUUGGCCGUGCGGAUUUGAUAGGCGGCAGCAAGCUGGCUGCUGGCUACAUUGAUGAGGUGAUGCAACAGGCCAAGGCAGCGGAAAUUGCCAGCUUCAUGAACGAGAACGUCGAUCCGUGUCAGAACUUCUAUGAGUUUGCCUGCGGCAACUGGGCGCGCAUCAAUCCGGCGACCACAUUGAAUAAGGUAUCAACGGGCCUAUUCGAACGCCUGACAGACGGACUCAAUCGCAAGGUGAAGCAAACGCUGAACAGCGAAAGCGACGACCUCGACACUGAGGAGGAUGUGCAGGUGAGAAACUUUUAUCGCUCCUGCAUUGAGGUGCGCAGCGUGGACAGCAACUAUCGACAGAAGAUGAAGGAUUUGAUAGCCGAGUUCGGCACGAUGCCGGCGCUGGUGCCCGUUGCUGACUGGCAGGAAACGGAGUUCGACUGGCUGGAGACAGUGGCGCGCAUCGCCUAUCGCUACGGCAUCGUCAUCAUACUGGGCGUUGAGGUGACCAAGGACUUUGCCAACAACGAGGUGAACAUGGCCUACAUUGGCCAGCAGGAAUUUCCGCUGGAAACGCGCAGCAUGUACCUAGACAACAGCACAGCCAUCUACAGACACAACUAUCAGACCAACAUAGCGAACAAAGUGAAGAACUUUUUGGGCUUAACGCGCUUGAAGUCGCAUUUGUUGGCCUCUGAACUGCUGGAUUUUGAGGUGGAGCUGGCUCGCGGGCUGAUCAAUAUGGCAGAUGGCCUGGACCUCCCCGACAUCGCGCAGCUGUCAACCAUCGCCGAAAUGCAGCAAAGCUACGGACCCGACUUGAACGUGGAGCGCUUGGUCAACAUAUCGCUAGGCGAGCAAAUCAAGGACAAUGUCUACAACUUCAAUCCGCAGUAUCAAGAGAAUAUGCUGAGUGUGAUCAAGCGCACGUCCAAGCGCAUUGUAGCCAAUUAUAUAUUCUUUCGCUUGAUCGAUGAGUUCAUCAUGGAACCGGGCAAGACGCUGGCCAAACGGCAGGAGAAGUGCAUAACGCUGACCAAGCAGAACUUUGCCAAGAAUCUGGACAACAUGAUCUUUCGGCGCUACAACAACAAUGACACAGCCUCCGACAUUGAGCUGAUCUGGGAUCAGCUGAAGUCCACCUUCGAACAGACCCUGCAGUCCGACGAGUCCCUAAAAUGGAUCAGCCGACAGACACGCGAAUUUGCCAUCGAAAAACUGUCGGCAAUGACGCUCGAGGUGAACUCGCAUGCCAAGGAAAACUUGACCGAGGAUUUUGCCGGACUGCGGCUGCAGAGCGAGGACUAUGUUGAGAAUCUGCGCCAGACCCGGAUGCUGGCCGCGAUGCAAGCGCGCGAGCAGCUGCACAAGCCAGUCAAGCCGCUGGAGGCGGGCGAUCUGCUUAGCUAUACGCCGGCCAAUAUUCUAGUGGAGAACAUGAUCAAGGUGCCGGUAUCGCUGCUGCAGCCGUAUUAUCUGUGGGCCGCCAGCUAUCCGAAUGCCAUUAAGUUCGGCACGCUGGCCUCUUUGAUUGGCCAUGAGCUGAUCCACGGCUUCGACGACACCGGCCGCAAGUUCGAUGCACGCGGCAACAUCAACGACUGGUGGGACGAGCAGUCGACGAGCAACUUCGUAACGAGGCAGCGCUGCUUUUCGGAGCAGUACAGCCAGUACGUCUACCAUGGCAUCCGGCUGCCCAAGUCCAAGUCUCAGUCGGAGAACAUUGCGGACAAUGGCGGUGUGCGCCUGGCAUAUGCCGCCUACCGCAAUCUGCAAAGCACUCUGGAGCUCACCGUCGAGGGCCGGCGGCAGCUGCUCAAGGAGAAGCUCCCCACCCUGAACUACACCAACAUGCAACUGUUCUUCAUCAGCUACGCACAGAUCUGGUGCAACGAUGCUCACACCCGUGUGCGCAGUCUACAGAUAUCCGUCGAUCAACAUGUGCCCGGCGAACUGCGGGUGAUCGGGCCGCUCUCGAAUUUCGAUGACUUUGCCAAGGAGUUUCAAUGUGACGCCGGCACGCCCAUGAACCCCCUCAAAAAAUGUAAAAUUUACUAGAAUCCAAAGCUCCAACUGUAAGCCCCAUUG